CCCGCGUUAAGAACGACGAUGGAAAAUGAGGUAGCCAUAUUGUGGUCGCAACAAGAAUAGCAAGUCAGAGAGGUUCAAAAACAGUGAAAGCAAUAGGGGGUUCUUUGCUAAUUAAUUUACGGCUCCUAGGGAGAACGCCGCAUUUUUGCUCUUUAAAGAUCAUAGUCUAAAAAGACAAAAUGAGUGGAGGAACUCCCUAUAUCGGUAGCAAAAUCAGCCUAAUCUCGAAGGCCGAGAUUCGCUACGAGGGGAUCCUUUACACUAUUGAUACCGAAAAUUCUACUGUCGCACUUGCGAAAGUUCGCUCGUUUGGGACAGAGGACCGGCCCACGGACAGGCCCAUCCCGCCCAGGGAUGAGAUCUUCGAGUACAUCAUCUUCCGAGGCAGCGACAUCAAGGACCUCACUGUGUGUGAACCCCCCAAACCCACAAGCUCUCACCCCCAAGAUCCUGCUAUAGUCCAGUCUUCCUUGGGCUCUGCUCCACCACCUGCUGCUGCCCCCGCUCCGCCCUUCCAACCUGGGGGGUCCUAUGGUCUGUUUAACCGGGCCCCGGUGCCCCAGUACGGACAGUUCACCACCAGCCCCCUCGUCUCUCCGCAGUUUGGAGCCGUCGGUGUCGGUAAGAGUCUCAGCGGGGAUCUUUAUGGUCGCUCCAGCCCUUCCCUGGAUCCCCUGAGGAAGAGUCCCACCCUGGACCAGGCUGUCCAGGCAACACCUUCCGUAGCUGCACCGGCGCCUGGCUUGAGCCGUCGGAGCCCCGCCCCCGGCCGUACCGCCCCCCCAACUGCCGCCAGCACCGGCCCCAGGGCCCAGCACCUGGACGGGCCGGACCUGAGGAGGGGUGAGCCCGCCAGGGGGGGUCGCAGCACCCAGGGCUGGCCCGCGCCCCGCAACGCCCCUGCCUCUCACAACAUCUCUGCAGACAGGGCUUCCACAGCUGGGCUCAUCCACUCCAUCUUCAGCUCCUCAGGCACUGAUGGCCAGAAAGCACCCAGACCAGAGUCUGAGCAAUCCCGGGGUGAAGGCAGAGAUGCCACUAAAAGGCCCGCAGCUGGCGUUGCCCCCACCAACCGGCGAGGCCGUGGAGGCGGGCACCGCGGAAGGGGUCGCUUCAACGUGCGCCGAGAUGGGCCCAUGAAGUUCGAGAAGGACUUUGACUUUGAGAGUGCCAACGCCCAGUUCAACAAGGAGGACAUAGACAGAGAGUUCCAGAGCAAGCUGAAACUGAAAGAUGAGAAAACGGAGAAGCCGGAGAAGGCGUUGAACGGCGAGGACAAGGGCGACUCGGGGGUGGAGACCCAGAACAGCGAGGGGAAUGCAGAGGAGGAAGGGGGAGGAGACGGUCUGGGAGGCAAUGUUUACUACGACAAGUCCAAGUCCUUCUUUGACAACAUCUCCUGCGACGAUACCAGGAAAGCAGCUGAAAGGGCUGGAAACACUGGCUUCCCAAGGGAACGGAGGCAGACUUGGGCCGAGGAGAGACGGAUGAACGCAGAAACGUUCGGCAUCCCCCUGCGCCAGAACCGGGGCCGCGGCGGCUACCGGGGCCGUGGUGGGAUGGGCUACCGCGGGGGCAGAGGACGCUCAGCUAGCAGGGGGUCGUUUGGGCCACCGCAUGGAGGAGGCGGUUACAGGGGAGGAUACCGGGGCAGCCAGGGAGGACGGGAGUUUGCUGACUUCUCAGAGUACAGGAAGGACAACAAGGUGGCUGUGUAAGGCAGCUGGAGGAAGGAUCCAAGGACAGGGGCAACAACUUGCGCUAUAAAAUUGGUUUUGGUUGCUCCCUUUUUGACUAAAAGAAUGAAGAUUGUGUACUAGCUGUAUAUUUGUCACCAGCACUGGGGUAGACUGCUUGAAUGCAACUUCUUAUCCAUAUCCUUCAAUAAUGGAAACGAUGCAAUCCGUCACAAAAUGUCAAGAUCUCUCUACAACCUAUUUCAAGGUGUCUGACUGUGUAUAAAGAUCAUAUUUCAUAGGGAUGACAGUAUUUUUCUUUUCAGUUUCUCCCCCCCACCCACCCGUUCCUAAACUUGUAUUUGAUAAUAUUCUGUUGGGUGACGGGGGCCUGCUAUCCCACUGUGAUGAUUAAUGACAUAGCUUUAUUUUUGGGAUAUACUCUGUACGUUGGCACCAAAAUAGUCUGUGGUCUCAAUCACAGCUUUCUGCUGUGUAUUUUUCUACUACACAUCUAAACAUACUUGUACCUAGCUAGCUACCCCACUUCUCAAAUAGCGGUACUUUUUUUUUUUUUUUUUUUUAAAUACUCGUAUCUUGUUUUGUUCAUCCCUUAUUGUCCGGUUGUCCUCACGCUCAUGUGGUUUCUAACCAAUAGGGAUCCAUCUGGUUGCCAUGACAUUCUUCAUUGAAGUGUAGAGGGGGAGGAUGUUAGAUGUUGACAUGUGGGCUUCUAGUUCUGUAAUGUAGUUCUGUUCCAGUUGCAUAACUAGGUAUUGGGAUUCAGAUGGGUAAAGGGUCAUAGGAUUUGUGAUGUCCUUCACAUAUUGUAUAGGCUUAUGCCCUGUACUUAAGGGCUACUGGUAAUGUGAAUAGUUUAAGAUGCUGCUGUUUGCUACAGUCGACCUAUGUGGACUGACUAAACACUUCAUCUACAUACUUCUUGGCUAAUGGGCCAGUCGAGAAGGGUUGCACUGUUAGCGGCCUGGUGGGAAAGCUAUUUAAUACGUUAGCAUAAUGUUUUUUUGGGGGGGGUACUUGCUUUUAUGUUGUGGACACAAAAUGUCAUCAUAUUUCAGUAUAGUUCAGCACCCAUUCUGACAUGAAAUAGAAAUGUGUUCCAACACCCUGAAUCCCUUUCAUAGUACAGCAUAAACUAACCAAGCCAUUCACUUCAUGAUCAAUGUAUGAUUUAGCAAAUUCCAAAAUAACCAAACACCAUUUGAUGCCACUAACUGGUCCAUGGCACUGCAGAAAGGUUCAUAGCUUGCUAAGUGAUGUCAACGUAAUUGGUCAUCCAAAAUGUUUUGAAUUAAAAAGCUUUUUUGAGUUCAGCAAUUAGCCCUUACUUAGCAAUACACUGAGGUUUAUGUUUUUAAGAUAUGAAUGAUCAGGCAGAAUUGGCAAAAAUUUGACAGGAACAUUAUGAACUUUCACUGAAUAUUGUCAGAUGCCAAUCUGCAUGAUUGAAGUACUUAAAAUAUUGAUUUGGAUCUUGCAGGAAAUGUACACAGUUGCACUUUUACAAUGUUGAAAGUUGUUUUAUAAAGUGGUGUCCUCUGUAAAUCCUGAGAUUGUAUUCCAGUACAGUUGUUGAUGACUACGUUAAUCUUAUCAUGGUACAAUGCCCCCUGCUGACUGCGGACACGUUUUCAGUUUGGCCUUGGAUUCCUGGAAUAUUGGUUCCUUAACGUGGAUUCUACAGAUGUAUGCGUUUGGCUUAGAAAAAAAUACAGCCUUACUUUGUGUGCAAAUGAAGGGAUGACUAAAAGACAGCAAAGUACUUCAGUGUUCUCAGGAAAUAGGCGUAAUUACUCCUGUAGUGCCUUAAUGCUACAGAAUAACUAGGGUCACCAUUGAGAUGCUAGUAGUACCAAACGUCGGUCAUAACAUUUGCAUAUAUUGGAAAUAUGAAACUUGGGCAAUAUAGUGCUCACUGCAGUGUAAAAUAAAAUUUGGACAUUGUUUGAACUAGGUGGUCCUUAUUUAAAAAAAGAAGUUUGUUUUAAAAUUAAACGGACUACUAAAACAGGCACCAAGUUAAAGUGAUGUUACACUUAUUUCGAAUGAUCUAGCUAUUCUUUUGCAUUAUGGCACAGAAAUAAAUGGGUGACCGUUUUCCCAGUCUGAAACUAUUUUUUACAUGAAGUAGAUAACCUAUCUUGGUAGUGUUCUGAUCAAGUUUAGACAGACUCAGUUUAACAGGAUUAGUACCCUGUCGCAUUAUUUUUGUCUUACUCAAUCGUUUUUGUCAUGUCGCCACAACGCUUUCUCAAUUUCUUUCUCAAAACCAAUUUUAAAAUGCGUGAGGGGUGUUACAAGAACAUGAAGUGGGUGGGUAUCAUGUGCCUAGUGAAAUAAUUGCCCUUUACCCCUACGCCACAAAGUUUCGACUGUUGUCAGAAAUGCACCGAACACUGCAUGAUGGUCCUGCUAGUCAGAAUCCACCAAAAUCAUGACAGGCAAACUACAGAGAUGGUGAUGCAAUAACGGACUCUAUCGUCUUGCGGUAGUUGGAGCAUCGAGCACACACACACACACACACUCUACAUACAGAACAAGGUCAUGUUUUUCGUUGUUUUCUGAUGGUUAAUGUUCCUAACAGUCUGGAGUCGUAGCUACGUGUUGUGUCUCUAAACCCACCCAGCAUGACGUCACUCAUACGUGCGCCUCGGCAGACUGGGGGUUUUAUUCGCAGCAUAAAAAUAAAACGUUGUUCAUUA